AUGGAUAAACCUGCAGAAAUGUCUCAAAAAGAUUACGUUGAAGACGGACAAAAUAAAUUGAUAAUCAAGUGUAAAUUUUGCGGAUCUAAAAUAUUAGAUAAAAAAUCUGCUAAGUAUAUCAUGCAAGAGAAGGAACUACCAUUCAUGCAGCAGGAUACAAGGAAAGGUGGUGAAGUUCAGAUUGAAACAAUUAACCAGUUCUAUCACGUUGAGAAUAUGUAUACGUUCGAAAAUAUUGGAUUUACGCAUACAGUAGCUAACCAUAAGUACCUAAGUUGUGCAGAUUGUUAUGCUGGGCCUCUAGGGUAUUACGAAAUAGACACUAAACAUAGUUAUGUGGCACUAACGAGGGUAGAACAUUGUUAG